CAGCAAGGCCCCCUCGACUUCGCAGCCAAUGACUACGGACUAGUAGUAGCCUCUAACUCUUCCAAUCUUUUGCAGAAGGCCGACGUUAAGCUAGAAAAUACUAAUCUAGUGGAUAUUACGCAUGUCUAGCUACGAGGUCUAAAGAAUGGGGAAGUAAAGGCUUAAUAUGAAGGCCGGAUUUAGUGCAGCUCCAUCUAUCUUCCGCAAGAGAGCUAAGCUACAAGGGGAAUUUCUGAGGUUUACCACGAGCACCGAGUCUGCCGGGACGCUAACGAAAGUCAUAGAGAAUGCCGAGGGGACCAGUGUGGAUUCGCUUGCUGGCAAGGCGUGGACAGAGAGGUGGCCGAAUCUUCGAAGGCAAACUCAUUAUCAGAGCCGACGAUAUCAACUCCGUGAGGUUUACGACAGAGCUACCCGCUCAGUAAGUAAUAUAAAGUCGAGAACCGAAGCUUUCUAUUAUCUCCCCCUAGAUUGCGAAUUUCAAGAUUCACCCAAGUAUUCUUCGUAAACAUUCACGAACAGCACUAUGUCCCGGAAACUGCGAACAACAGUCAGAUAUGACACGAGGUAGACGGCAGUUUAGCAAUUAACGGCAGCGGCCCU